AUGCAGCACUCGGAUGCGGCGUAUACACAAACCCCAGCGCUUCUCCGCCUCCCCGUUGAGCUCCGCCGCCUGAUCUACAGCCUCGUCCUCCCCCACACGACCACCUUCGAUGUGCGUUUCCAGCGCUCCAUUGACGCACCCCCAAAGUCCGAAUACACUCUGACCUUUGUCCGGCAGCGGAAUGGCGACGGGGGCUGGCGCGUGCAGCGGAUCCUGCCGCGGAUGGAUCGCGAGACAGGCAACGACAUUGUAUGGCGGCGCGGAAGCACGACGCUGCUGGCCGUGUCGCGCCAGGUGCACGAAGAGACGGCAGACAUGCUAUAUGGCGAAAACACGUUUGUCAUUGACGUGACGUUCAAUGCGAUCAACUUCCGGUACCGCUGGCGGACGGCGAACAAUCUGACGCCCAACCAGACGUACCAGUUCCUAGACCACUUUUCGCAGAAGAACCUGGUGCGCAUCAAGAACUACAUUGUAAAUGUCGAGUCGGUCGACGACUACACGGGCAUGAUCAAGUACAAUUAUGGCGGGCGGGGCUUGUCAGCCGGCAUAUGCAGCAAAGUACGGGAGCUGGUGGAUCUGCUUGUGGCGGUGCCGCAGUUGCACCGGCUGCAAGUAGACUUGAUUGAUGGCGCUAUAAGUCGCGUUAGAUUUCCAAGCGGCAGAGUGCAUCGGGUGCAAGACGAGAACAGCAUUACACAGACGCAGUUGGUGCUCGAGCCGUUUCGAGCGCUGCACGGGGUCCGGAACAUCAAAAUAAGCGGUGUUAGUGACGAGUACAAGGAAGAGCUAGAAAAGAGCAUGACUGCAUAG